UCGACUUGCAUUUUCCCGAGUCGCGGCAGUCUGUUAUAUUUUGUGCGAGUGUGUGUGUGUGUACUUGUGGGGGAAGCAAAAGCAAAGCCAAAAAGUUUGUUUGAAAAAAGGUGUGCAAAUACAAAAAAGGAAAAGCAAAAACAAACUGGCGUCGUUGUUGUCAUCGUUGCGGCAAAGCAAAGAGGAAAAACACAAACCGCGUUGCAUUUUCGCCGUUGUUGUUUAGCGGUGUUUUAUUUUUUUUAAAUUUACUUAUUUAUUUGUUGUUUUUAUUGUUGCGUUUUGAAGUCGUGUUGGGGGCAGCUUGUGUUAAACGCGCGCGUGUGUGUGUUUGAAAUAAUCAACAAAAAAAACCAAAACCGCAAAUGCAGUAAUAUUUAUAAAUGUUUCCCCUGUGGUUAAAGCAAUGUUUAUACCACCACCACAACAACAACAAGAAAAAUAAUAAAAAGCAAUUGCGCAAAUAAAAUAGUAAUGUUAUGAACGUGUUCAUGAGCGACAUGAACUAAUACUACUAGUAUUAAUAAUAAAAGCGAAAAUGAUGAUGUUGACGAAGCAGUUGAUGCUGUUGCUGGAUGUUUGUUGAUGCACAAUAAUUUCUUAAAUUGAUGCUCACACUCUUACGCUGCCGCUGCCGCUGCUCUGUCAACUAACUGCUGUCAUCGCUAUUUGCGUGUUAAUUGAAAAAACAAAAAAAAACAGAAACAACAACAACUACAAACAUCCCGUUUUGGGUAGAGCGCAUGUGUUUCAAUGAUGUUACUGCCUUCGGGGCGUUCGAAUAGUGAUGUCUAUCCGCUACAAAAUGUUACAACAACAGCAGCUGCGAGUGUGGGUGCCAACAAGCCAUUGCUACUGACAAGAACAUCAUCGCCACAAUUGACAACAACAACAACAACAGCAGCAGCAACAUUGGGCGGCCUAGGCGCAAUAACGGCGCCCAAUGGCGGGCCCAAUGCCAACGCGAACGCCUACGCUACUCAAAACGCUGUGACACAAGCACAAGAAACAGACACAACACUGGCAACAGUGGCAGCCACAACAACAGCAACAACAACGGCCGGAAGUCUGUCAGAGGCCGGAACACAGGCGGGCGUUGCCGCUGACCGCAUUACGACGACAACAGCAGCAACAAUCGAGCCACAGCCCCACAGUCUUGGCAUUGGCGGUUACUAUCCGCCACUAUUGGGCCACCGCGUGGCCCAUGCGGCCGCUGUUUCGGUGCUGAGUGGUGCCGGAAAUUGGGCCGAAAUUGAUCGACACUUGGAGGCCAUACAGGAGAAGCUAAAAGCUGGCUGGACGGCGCAUGUGGGCAAGGAGGGCAGGCUCUACUAUUGCAACCACUUGACGCAAUCGUCUGGCUGGUUACCCGCCUGUGAGGAUUGGAGCAAACACGAGGAGCUGCCAUACGGUUGGGAACGUGCCAUAGACUCCAAGGGUCGUUCUUAUUACAUCAAUCAUCUGAAUAAGACGACCACUUACGAGGCACCCGAAUGCAUACGCUGGGACGAGCAUCCGCCGGAGCCACGCCUAGUCGUGUUACAGCGCAACGCCAGUCUGGGGUUUGGGUUUGUGGCCGGCAGCGAGCGUCCGGUUAUUGUGCGGUUCGUGACGGAAGGUGGACCGAGCAUCAACAAACUACAGCCGGGCGAUCAAAUACUGGCCGUGAACGCGGAGGACGUAAAGGAUGCGCCACGCGACCACGUCAUUCAACUGGUGCGUGCCUGUGAGGCGCAGGUGUCGCUUCUCGUCUGCCAACCCAUGGCCCAUUGUGUGGUGCCCGGACGCAAGUCGACGCUCUUGUCGGCGGGCAAGCGGGCCAAGCUGCGAACCCGACCCAGUCGUGUACGCUUUGCGGAAAGCGUGUGCGUCAAUGGUGCGCCGCUGUUUCCGCCCUCGGCCUUUUCGCUCGGCGACAUUUGUGUGCCACCCAUGGCUAAUGUGCUCAAAGUCUUUCUGGAGAACGGGCAGACGAAAUCGUUUAAGUACGAUGCGACCACAACAGUACAGGAUGUGGUUAGCUCCCUGCUCGACAAGCUUUGUCUGUGCUGCGGCGAGCUCUUCAGUCUUGUGCUGGAGCAUGUGAAGAGCCUCAAACGCAAUAAGCUGACGUUGCUCGAUCCUGAAGAAUCGUUGGCGCGCGUUGCCGCGCGUCCGGGAGCUCAUAAGCUGCGCUGUCUCUUUCGCAUCACCUUUGUGCCCAUUUCGGCCGCGGAAUUGGCUCAGAAGGAUCUGAAUGCGCUCGACUAUUUGUAUAUGCAGUGCUGCAAUGAUGUCAACCAGGAGCGCUUUGCACCCGAACUACAGCCGGAGGUGGCCCUACGUUUGGCCGCUCUCCAUAUGCAUCAGCAUGCAUUGGCCAACAACUUUUCCCCUGCCAAGCUGACCGUCAAAGUGGUUGAACGUGAAUUUGGAUUGGAGCGUUUUGUGCCCGUCAGUCUGUGCGAGGGCAUGAAACGCAAAGAGCUGCGACGACUCAUAUCACACUUCUUGAAGCUCAAUGCCGAGAUGACCGGCUCGUCUAGCAAGGUUCUGACACAGUUGCAGGCCAAGCUACACUAUUUAGAUAUAAUCGCUAAUUUACCAAGCUACGGCGCCAAAUGUUUCAGCACAAACCAAAGAGAGGGUGUGGAGCGUGUGUUGCUAAUCAGUCCACGCUUUGGCCUCAGUCAGAUAUCCAGCGCUCGCAAUUCGGUGUCCAAAAAUUUCGGCCAGCCACAGCCCAUAUCGGCCAUUGAAGACUUUACGCACGUGAUUGUAAAUCGCGAGGAUGAUGUGACGUGCAGUGUUUCGAUUUUCAUGCUGGGAGAGCGGGCGGUGAAGUUCAUCAUGGAGGAUCGCGAUGCCUGCGAGUUUAGUCUCGUGCUGGGCGGUUACUAUCGUCUCCUAACGGGCAAUUUGCUGACGAUUGUGCGUGAACGCGAGCCCUACGACGAGGACAAUGCCCCGUCGUUCCUGGCGCAGCAUACUGUGCUGCCUGCUGGUUGGAGCUAUUUGCUGCCAUUCCACACCCGCGCGCAUAGCGUUAACUUUUUGAUGGCACCGCCAUAUCAUCCCAUGCCGCAAAACGCAAUUUUAUCGCAGGUCGAGGCACAACAGCAGCAGCAGCAGCAACAACAGCAGCUGCCUUAUAUGAGCUCUACGGCCAUGGAUUUGGACAUACACAGCGUUAUGGCCACGGAGCUGUUGGAGGAGGCUAAGGAUUCGGGUCUGAGCGAUAGCAGCGGCAGCAACUAUUGCGAGCGUACUGGAGCGGGCGGUGCCUAUAUUGAGGCCAAAAACGAGCAGGUUUUGCGACGUGUACACGAAAUGCAGCAACUGGUUCAGAGCUCGGAGCAAUAUCUGCUGGCCGAGCAGGGCGAGGACUACGAGACGGCACAACGACGCAACGGAAAUGCUGGAUACAUGGCCAAAGGGGGUGGAGGGGCUGCACUCUCCAGCAGCGGUGCCAUGGGUGUGCUCGAAUUUGACAGCGAUUGCGAUAGUUUGAACAGCAGCAAGGUCUCUUCCACCGAGGAGGCAACUCCAUCUGGCAGUGGCAUCGGUCCUAUGAAGCACAGCGACUCAUUAACACUGCUGGCGGAGACUAUUAGUCACGAUCUGAGUGGCAUAGCGCAGGGUCUUAGCUCCAUAGGAGGCCAGCAGGAAACAGGAACAGGCACCCCACCGACUGGGGCGCCAGCCACACCCAAACGCAAGCCUAGCCUGUGCAGCACCUCCAGUCCGCGACCGCAACGCAAGCUGAACGGAUUCAGUCAGCUAUUGAGCGAUUUGCAAGCGCUGGGCACCGAUUACUCGCAGAGCGAAAGCGAUUCCGAGUCUGUGGCUUCGCCUACACAAUCGCCGACCACACGUCGCCCCCAGCUAUUGGCCACAGGGGCCAAACAGAACUUGGCGUAUCGCAGCAGCUUUGGGCUACACAGUCCCGAUGGCACUAACUUUGGCAACGAGACCAAGGACUACAAUUUGAAGGAGUAUCUGAAGCAAUUGAAGGAAAUAAGCAAUGUGGAGGCGGCCGAUACGGAUGUGGCCGCCAAGAAGUUAUCCGAAAUCUAUGGCUUUGAGAUACGCGAAGACACAUUCAUUGAGACGGACACAGAUCUGAUUGAUUUGCGUGCCAUACCGCCGCCACAAACGCCCGAUGAGCUGGACUCGCUAUCGCUGCUGAAUGCGGCACCGCCAAAGGGUUUCGAGGGUGGCGUCGAUUUGGACAGCUUUCUCGAGAAGGUGGUGGUGGCGCCACCCACCCAAAAAGCCACACCCGCCAAGGAACUGACACCCGAGGAGAUAAUGUCCUUCAUAAUACCGCCGCCACCAAACCUAGAGGACACACAGCAACGCCUCCCCAGCGAUGAUGGCUACGCAGCGCAAACAGAAUCGUUGUACAGCAACUCAGUGCAGGCCAAACGCGCCUUUUUCCAGUCCACUAACAGCAACAGCCUGACCAGCUUCCAACCUUUAGCUCGCUGUAAUGGCAAUGGCAAUAGUGCGAGCAGCAACAACUCGCACGUGAUUGAGUACGCCACUGUGGAGCGUAAGAGUAAGUUUUCCUGCUGUCCCAAGUCGAAGAAGGACGAGCUGAACGAUGUGGCAGCGGUAGAGAGCGACCUCAAGCUUCCACCACGCACAGCCACUGCAGAGCAGGCGCCUGCGCCACCGGCCCGACCGCCAAAGAGCGCCGAACUGAUGCAGCGUUACUCACCGAAGAAGCAAGUGCGCAUAGGUGCCACCAUACACACCCCCCUGCCGCCGCUCUUCUCAUCCGGUGGGGGCGGUGGCGCCCGCGAGGUGUGUCCGCCACAAUUGCCGCCACGCGUCAGCCCCACCGCGACCGCAACGACGGCAACAACGGAACAAAUGUCGGUGAGUGCUGUCGCUAACCAGCCGCCCCGAAAACCCCCGCUGCCACCCAUUGCCAAUCGUCCGACACUCCAACGUAUUGUGAAUGUGAAUGGCAGCCUGAAUGGCAACCUGAACAAGGCACAGCCACAACAACCCAAUCCACCCAUACCGGCAACAGCACGCGUUGUCCAGCAACCCAGCACCACGCAUUCCAAUGCCACGCCACCGCUUAUACCAAAGAAGCCACAGCAGCUUUACGGCGAGAAGCUAAUCAUAAAGAAUGGUCAUAUCAUUGACGGCGAGGCGCUGCUGGCCAAGACAGAUGUCGCCAUGGCCGGGUUACUCAUCAAGCUCGACCAGGUGGCGGCGCAGUGUUCGGCGGCCCAGGCAGCCGGCGGUGGUGCCAGCAUCGAUGAGGAGAAAUUUCAGCGCGCCCGCAACGAACUGACCGAACAAACUUUGGCUUUAGUGACGGCUUCCAAGUUUCUAGUCGCCGCCAUGUCUGAUAUGACGCUGUUGACGUUGCCCGAACACCUCACCUCCUGUCUGACGGCCAUCCGGCGCAUCACCGAGCUGACGCAAGAUAUGACGCGUCACACAUCAGCGCCGCUGCAGACCCGCAACAUUGUGCUGAAGGUGCACGAUGUAGCCUCCAGCUUCCGAGAGCUGGUGGGCGUACAGAUGGGACCCUUGGGCGCCGGCCAGUUGGCCCUACAGGCCGAGUGUCUGGCCAAUGUCCUGGCAACGCUUUUGCGCAGUCUGCGUGUCUUUUCGCCCUAAGAUACCCAAUUACGAAACUAACUAUCUUCAAACCCCAACAUAUCGCACUCUAUCUCUCAAUCUUUUAUACGAGGGUUGCCUUCUAUGCUACGGGAAAAGAGAACAAAAAUACGUUCUUAUUGAAUUUAUUUUCGAAUAACUUUUUUCAGGAGGUCGCAUCUCCAUAACUAGCUUUUCAAAAGCUCCAACGGUUUCUGAGGGCAUCAAAAAACGUUGACCUCGAAUUAAAGGAAGUCUUUGGUUUCUGAAAAUGAGCAAGGGGAACAAAAAGAAAGGGGGUAAAACAAGGAACCACAGCUACCUAGCUACUUAGCUGUUGUCCGGGUAUACUAAAUGCUGCAGUCCCCUUAAAGCUAUUUCCGCUACUUUUAUAUCCAGUCCUUAAUCGCUCCACCGGGAAGCAUCAUCUAGUACCGCACAUAUCUAUGAUUUCAUGAAAUGCUUCUCCAAUUUGAAAAUCAGCAGGGCUUAACAAAAGGGAACGACUUCCUACGACUUGAACCGUUUUAGCGGUUCCUUGUCUCAACCCCUCUUUGAGGAGUAUUUUAAGGUUGCUAAAUAGCUUUUAUAUAACAGUUUAUUCUCAGCUCAUUUAAUUCUUUCGUCAAGCCUUUCCUAGUAGGGUCUUAAAGCUGUUUUCUUCUUUUUCUCGAAUUAUAAAAGGCAACCUACAUAUCGCUCAACUCUGCUCCCCCUCUGUCAACUCUUACGAGUAACUAUGCAUGUGUAGUAGUCACAUAUAUACGAUUUAUAGUAAUAAUAUAUAAUCCUGCAACAUACAUAUAUAUCAACUAAAAUAUACACUUACAUACAUAUUUACAAGGCUCUGUAACUAUUUUACAGGUGAACAGCAACUUCAAAGAGUCUGUUGUCUGAUUGUAGGCUAACAUACGUAAAAGAAAUUAACUCGACUUUUUCUAAAAAUUUAACACAAUAUACAUACAUACUAUAUAUAUAUAUAUGCAACUUUAAUAUCGAUUUUAUCACUUAAUCGCAUGCAACUAACUCGAAUUUCCAACUAUCUUCCUCCCCCUAAACCACUUAGUGGGCCCCACGUUGGGCGCCACGACCUUUUGCACUCACUUUAGUGGUAAAUAUCCUCAAACCUACAUACAUAUUGUAACACCAUGACUUGACUAUAUAGACCAAUUUAUAUGACAAAACAAAUGAGAACUCAAAUCAAAUAUCUAUAUCUUUAUUAUAAUUAAUUACAUAUUUAAUUACGAUAUUCGUAUAUUUUCUUAUGUACAUAUUUCUAUACCAUAUUACAAAGAUACACAAUAAAAUUAUAUAUAUAUAUA